AUGUCGCCAAACCACCACACCUCUCCUCGCGAUGUCGCCGACACCCCCGUACGAAUCGCUUCGCCAAACGCUUCGGAGGACACCCCACUUCCUCCGAAUCCACCUAGUAGCUCCGGUUACGGCAUGUCAAACUCGGACGAAGCGCCCCCUACCCCCUUCCUGCCAACCGCUACCGAUCUUCGCGCCGUGCGCCGCAUCCUGUCGCAACUCAGACUCCCUCUAGAGCUGAUCAUCAUCAUCAUGGACGACGCUGCAUACUAUGCUGUCGCGCACGGCACGCUCCACAAUGCGGAUGUCGACAACACUUCCGGUACUGGCGCAUCAAUGCUGGAUUUACAUGCCUCGAGGGACUGCCCCGAUCCACACGGUAGCUGUGCUUCGCGCCUCUGCGUGCUCACCUCGCCACUCCCCCACGGUGCCCCAGGCGAGACGUGGCGGGCCAAGGCAGUCGUUUGGGACAUCGAGAGCCACGACCAGGGCUGGGGCGGUGAAGUUCCAGGCGGCUUUCACGGCGCUUAUUCUUGGUUCGAGGCAUCCAUCUUCCGCGAGACGAACCCCACAUCACACGCCGGUGAUGCGAGCGGCGAUGCUGCCUCCAUCGUCCAGUCGCUUUGGGACGCGCUUGACGUGCCAUACUGCUCCCUGGAGGACGUCCGUCCCCGUCUCGCGACACUCGGACAAACACUUGUCCCUGGCCCACGAGGAUCGGCGAGUUGGGGCGUCCAGCGCAACCGUGUCGCACGGUCAGACUUCACCCACUAUCAGAUCGAGUGGGGCACAACGCCUGCGGGGAAUGGGUACGUGGAGGCGGAUGGGCAUUAUGUGGGGGAGGGAUUUGUGGGCGCGCUGCAGCCGGGGGACGUGGUUGCGCUCUGGAUGCGCGCACAGUACCCUGGUUGGGCCAAUUACGUUCGAAAGGCGUCGGUGAAGGUACUGUAUGACGUGUACUAA